CCCAAUUUGAUGGUCUCAUUUCUUUUGUGCACAAGUUUUAAUAAAGUGGUUGAAAAGGUAAAAAUUGUGGUUGAGAUUUGAGUAUAAUAAAGUGAAAUGAUAUGAGCCACAUCUUUGCUUCCAAAAAGGGAAACAAGAUCAUCAUUUUGGGACAUCCCAAAAAGAAAUACAGGACCAUCAUUUUGGGACGGAACUAGUAUAAACCAAUAGUACCUAGCAGUACACAAAAACGUGUACAUAUAGCAUUUUUUGUUUCAAAUGAGACCCUAAUCCAAACCCAAUAGAGGAGGAGAGGUUGAUGCCAAGUAUAGAUCUCUUACUCACACACCUAAACACACUUUUGGAGUGAUUCCAAUUGACCAUUCAAAACGAGCCGUAGUUGAGAGGGUAUGUGAGGUCUAAUUUGUUUUUCACUUUUUCUUUUGUCCCGUCCGUAGCAGCUAGGCAGGCCACCGGCCCAGUGCUGGAAUAGGCCGACUGGACCAAUUGAAUCUGCAUCAGACUUAAUUAUUGGUUUGGUUUAGUUUGGUUUAUAAAUCCUCUGCUAACUAAGCUCCUUCUUCCUGAUUCACUCUCACAUACAUACAUACAUAUAAUACAGAAAAGAGAUCGAGAAUCUCUCCUAACUUUUAGGCAUACUUAUAUAAAUUGCUGCCUACAAUAAUAAAAGCUUGGCUGUAUUGUAUUGUAUUCAUCUACAAUAAAUGUCGGCGGCGGCGGCUGCACUUCCUAAUACAGAAAAUGAAGCGAAAACUCUUGAAGAUUCCUCGGACUACAAGGGCCGCCCCUCCCUCCGCUCCUUCUCCGGCGGAUGGACCAGUGCCGCCAUGAUUUUAGGGGUUGAAGCAUGUGAGAGGAUGACGACGUUGGGUAUUGCCGUCAACCUCGUGACCUAUUUGACGGGGACCAUGCAUUUAGGAAACGCAAACGCCGCUAACAACGUUACUAACUUUCUUGGGACUUCCUUCAUGCUCACCCUCUUAGGUGGCUUCGUGGCUGACACUUUCCUGGGAAGGUAUUUAACCAUCGCCAUUUUUACAACUAUACAAGCCACGGGUGUGACUGUUUUGACCAUCUCUACCAUAAUACCAAGCUUAAGGCCUCCAAAGUGUGACCGGGGAAGUCCUUCAUGCAUUCCGGCGAGCAGCACACAACUCACCGUCCUCUACGCAGCCCUCUACCUCACCGCACUCGGAACCGGCGGACUGAAGUCCAGCGUGUCCGGCUUCGGGUCCGACCAGUUCGACGAAACCGACAACAAAGAGCGCGUGCAGAUGGUGAAGUUCUUCAGCUGGUUCUUCUUCUUCAUCAAUGUGGGGUCUCUGGCCGCCGUGACGGUGCUAGUGUACAUCCAGGACAGCUUCGGACGGCGGUGGGGCUACGGCAUUUGCGCCGGCGCCAUCGUCGUGGCGGUUGUCAUCUUCCUCUCGGGGACGAAACGGUACCGUUUCAAGAAGCUUGUGGGGAGCCCGCUGACGCAGGUUGCUUCGGUUUUCAUGGCGGCGUGGAGGAACAGGCGCUUGGAGUUGCCGUCGGACUCUUCCCUUCUCUUCAACGUUGAUGACGUCAACGGCGACCUGAAAUGCAAGAACAAGCAAAAAUUACCACACAGCAAACAGUUCCGGUUCUUGGACAAGGCGGCAAUCAGAGGCGAUGCAGUUACGGUGGAAAGCAAAUGGUCUCUAGCAACGUUAACAGACGUGGAAGAGGUCAAACAACUGAUCAGAAUGUUGCCCACUUGGGCCACGACCAUAAUGUUUUGGACUGUCUAUGCUCAAAUGACAACAUUUUCCGUGUCACAAGCCACCACCAUGGACCGCCACAUCGGAAAAUCCUUCGAGAUUCCCGCCGCUUCGUUGACCGUCUUCUUCGUCGGGAGCAUCCUGUUGACCGUCCCGCUAUACGACCGUGUUGUGGUCCCCGUCGCUCGACGCUUCCUAAAGAACCCCCAAGGUCUAUCCCCAUUGCAGCGAAUUGGCAUUGGUCUAGUGUUCUCAAUAUUUGCCAUGGUAGCCGCUGCGUUGACCGAAGUCAAACGGCUAAAGGUUGCCCACUCAACCGGCCACGUGGACGCCACGGUACCUAGGAGUGUGUUUUGGCUGGUCCCACAGUUCUUCCUAGUUGGUGCAGGAGAGGCCUUCACUUACAUAGGACAGCUUGACUUCUUCCUAAGGGAGUGUCCUAAGGGGAUGAAAACCAUGAGCACAGGGCUUUUCCUUAGCACUAUAUCUCUGGGGUUCUUCUUUAGCUCAAUCUUGGUUACCAUUGUGCAUAAGGUGACAGGACACAAAAGGCCAUGGCUGGCUAAUAACCUUAACCAAGGGAGGCUCUAUGACUUCUAUUGGUUGUUAUCACUUCUAAGUGUGAUUAACUUGAUGCUUUUCUUGUUCUGCUCAAAAUGGUAUGUGUACAAGGAGGAGAGGCUUGCAAGUGAGGGGAUUGAACUAGAGGAGCCAUCAGCAGAAACUGCAGCAUGCCAUUAAUUUACACAUGAGUGAGGAGAAUAGAAUUGAAGGGAAUACAAUGUUUUUUUGUUCUCUAUCUGCAUGUGUAUGUUCCUUUACUCCAGUGUUCAUAAGAAGCAUGGAUGUGUUUCAAACCUUUUUAGUGUCCAUUAUAAAAUCCCAAGUUGCAUGAUGCAACUCUUCUUUAAUUUCUACGAAGAAAUCACAUGUACCCUAAGUAUUUUAACAAUUGAUUAUGCAUAUGUGUAUGUAUAUUUAUAUGUGUAGAGGUAGCUUGGAGCAGGGACGUAGCCAGGGGAGGGUCAACUCUGGUCCUGACCCAACCUAAAUUUAAAAAAUG